AAGAAAAAGAUCUAGAACCCUCUACCAUCUAUAUAAACCCCAUUUCCCCCCCUCGUAUGACAAAAGCAAGCAAAACCCUACUUGAAAUCUCUCUGUGCACAAGAAUCCGUCAUGGCCGCCGUGCUCGCUUCCAAAAGAGCCCUCUCUUCCAACCUCCUCCACAGGCUCAUCUCCCCCGUCCGUUCCAUUUCUGCCGCUCCCUCACCCGUCCGAUCUUUCAACACUAAUGCCCAGAUGCGCGACACUGAGGACGAGCGCAGCAUCGACAUCGAUCGCCGCUCCGAUCAGACAUCCCUCUCUCCUCGCCGCAGCGAUUUCUUCUCAGGUAAUGUGCUGGAUCCGUUCUUUCCGUCUCGGAGCUUGAGCCAGGUGCUGAACCUGAUGGACCAGAUGAUGGAGAAUCCCUUCUCGGCGAUGUCGAGAGGCGGAGCGUGGAGGGGAUGGGAUGCGAAGGAAGAUGACGACGCGCUGUACCUGAGGAUCGAUAUGCCAGGGCUUGGGAAGGAGAACGUUAGCGUUACGGCAGAGCAGAAUACGUUGAUAAUAAGAGGAGAAGUAGAGAAGGAGACGGAAGGCGAAGAUAGCGUGAGGAGGUACAGCUCUAGGAUCGAUCUGCCUCCGCAUCUUUACAACAUGGAAGGAAUAAAGGCGGAGAUGAAGAAUGGGGUUCUUAGGGUUGUGGUUUCGAAGGUGAAGGAAGAAGAGAGGAAGGACGUCUUCCAAGUGAAAAUCGAGUGAUGAAAUCAGCUUCUUUUGUUUUUUCGAAUGGUUUUCUCUGACUUUUUCCGUCUGUUCUCAAUCUUCCGUAGGGUUUUAGUGGUGGGUGUUAGUGUCAAAUGUGUGAGUUCCGGUGUAGUUGUUACAAAAUGCGAAGCGUUUAGCUGUUCUAUA